AUGAUGUAUCCUGCGAGCGCGGAGGAGGAACAUGUUCAGUUCCCGUACCCCUUUAUUUGCCCGCCGCGGUCGCUGCCUGGGCCCCCUCCAGGCAAGGAACGAGACAUUCUCGACCCCUUGAAGCGGCAGGCCGAGUCCCACGGCGUCCUCGAGUGGCUUCUGGACGCCAGAAACAACCUCCGGCGCUGCCCGGAGCCGCAGCCGCGGCGAAUUUGGGGUCGCGUCCUCUCCGUGGUUCCCGCGGCGGUGAGGGAGAGCGACCGAGGGAACUCAGACGGCUUGCCAGACGACUUCUCGAGGCUUCGGAGGGAGCAUCAGCGGGAGCUGAGGCGUCAGCUCCGAGAACGCUACCGGGAACUCGAACGCCAAGCCCAGCAGAACUUUCCGAGCCAGGAUGGGCGGGCCUCUGACCACAAGGCGUUCACAAGGCGGGCAGACGAGUCGCCGCGAGAAGGGCGAAGGCCGGAGGUUGGACAUCUGUCUCUUGCUGCGUUUCUGCGAAGCAACGGCGACUUCCUCCGAGAGGCUCGGCUACGGCCCAUGCGGCGCUCACGCACAAGCUCCAACGGGUCGCCGUUCGACACACACGCCGAUGCCCCCCCCCCGGCUCACCCCCAAGAGGCAUUGGAGUACACUGGUCUGGAGGACUACAGGUUUGAGCACUUGUCUGACGACGAGGUGUGCGUCUUCCGGCUCGGAACGCGACAGAAUUCUUCAGAGAGCGAUCACGACAGUUUCCCAGUGGGCACCGGUAGCCAGGGAUCCACGUUGAGCAGCUCGAGGUCGCGGCGGACAGUGAGCAGAGGGUCGACGACGGGCGGCAGGCGGAGUUCCUCCUCUAAAGAAGACUGGCAGUCCAGCAGAGGGCGGCACCGGUUUGUGAGCAAUGACUCGGACGAGAGCCACCCCAGGUCGUCCGCGAACCGAGUGGCGUCUGCCUGGAUUCAAGGUGAUGAAGACUGCGCAAGACUCAUCCUGCCAGCUCGGCGUCUCAAAAGCUUCGAGGCAUCGACAGAAGAAGCGGAAGCACACGGCUGGGGGCCGGCAGAGGAGUCCCUGCGACGUCUAUCGCGACCCAACACUUCGCUGCGCUCUCAGCUAGCGGACGGCGGAACUCGUCUUAGGCGCUCGGAGAGCGAAACGUCUGCCCUGUCCGGAGACACAGCGCCUUUGUCGCCGCUUCCGAGGGGCGGCGGUCACGGCUGGGAAUCUCGAGCGAAGAAGCGAGUUGACCUGUCGCUGGAUCCCGCGCAUCUGGAGAGAACUCCGCCCUUCGGGCCGCGGACGGCUGUCGAAGCGCGCGGAGGCGUGUCGCCUUGUGGAGACAUGCCGGUGCCGCCGCCGCCGCACCCCAGCUUGGAAGCCAGUUCGCGGCGACUGUCUUUCGCGUCCGCGAGCGACGCGGGGGGUGAGUUCGACGACAGAGCUGGCGCCGGUGGCUUUCCCUCCAACUACCAGCAGCUCGAACACCGGGGGCGGCCCUACCCCCUGUCGCACCACCCUCACCAGGUUUCGCUUCCCUCCUUCGCCCGCCUGCCGGAGCACCCCUUCGCGCCGACCGUGCCCUGCACGCCGUCGAAGAAAGUGCUGCCCUACACCUUGAAGGACCUUCCCGACAGCCCAGGGCCGCAGAAACGCCCGUACCGACCGGCCCACUCCAAGAUCCACAGAGGAUUGCACGACAGACAUCGCGACGCCUCGGCGAGGCGACGCCGAGAGGGCAGAGCCUCGUCCAGCUCGAGACGGGCGCACCACGCGAGCAAGCAGCUCCAGCAGGCGCAGAGGCCUCCGGACGGCCUCGCGAUGCACCGCCCAAGUCCUAGGACCCUUCGCUCACCGGGGGCUGGGCAAUUUCCGACUGAGAGCGCUCAAGAGACCCCCGGACCCUGGCUCGAGUGCAGGCGGGGGCCUGAGCAAGCGCUCGCCACGGGAAGCCUAGCCAGAGAGACCGACGGGGAUAGCGGCGGACAGAGGCAGGCUUGCGUGACCCGGCUGCGCUUCCACACGAGCGACGUGGCGCCGUCCGCAGCUCUCUUGGAACGGCGAAACAGCAGCAGGCCGGUGCCUGCGAGGCGCACGCGACAGACGUUUGCUGCGAGGCGAGGCGGUUUCGGGCAGCCUUCGGAGGCAACGAGCAGCGACCGGGAUCUGUCGGAGGACUCUUCCUUCUGCGGGUGGGUCAUGUCGGGGUGCUCAAACUCGAGUGUGGAGGAUGUCGGCAGAGUUUUGGUGUCCUGA